CACCCAGGGCUUGCUCAGCCCAGCACAAAAUGCCUAGGUGCUUUCUCUCUCCUACCUGGUGAUUCUCCUCCUCCCCAGGCCCCAACGCGGGUGACAGUAAUGCAUCAGAGGGUACCAUCCUGAGGUGAUACCCACAGCAUCAUUCUAAGGACACUCCAGGAGGAAAAUGGCCCGCUCUUUCCCAGUAUUCUGCUCACUUUUGUUCUUCAUUUCUUUGACAUUACCUGCAGUUUCAAAACUUCAAGAGUGGUGGCCACCAAAGGGAAAAAUUAAGCUGAAAUGUCCUUAUAAGAGAGUAGAUUUAAGUUGGUACAGAAGUACAGUGAACCCCUGCCCAGGGCUCUACCAACCCAUCUGUGGCACCAAUUUCAUGACCUAUGACAACCCCUGCAUCUUGUGCAUUGAGAGCAUGAAAUCUCGUGGAAAAAUUAGAUUUCAGCAUGAUGGAAAAUGUUAGCUGAGUGGACUUGAGCUAGAGAAGAUAUCUCGUUUUCUCUCCACCACUGGGAUCCUCCUGUUCCAGCCCCCCCUCCUUGACUCCUCCUUGAAGUGUGGUGACAGAAAGCUGCCCCUGCUUAGAGGGUCCCUCUUGACUCAUAGUCUUCCAUAUUAUCCUCCCUAAUAAAGGAAUUUUUUCU